AUGGCAUAUAGUCGACCAAGUGGACCAUCUCGACAACCGGAACCACUAGAACCACCAAUUGGUUUUCUAGAAUCGAUGAGAGAAUCGUAUAGUUUAGGGGUGAACGACAACAUGAUGCCGCAGAUAAACUUGCCGGUUUCAUCGCCAUUGCCACUCAACAGAUCUCAAUACGAUAUGAACACAUCGAAUAAUAUAUCAGCACGUGGUUUCGAUCGAUAUUCGAUGAAUAAUUCGUAUACGAGAAAUAACGACCACAGGUUAUCAUCGACACUUGAUCAUAGUCCUUAUACUGUCAAAUCACCAGACUCGCCGUUGCCAUUGUCACCAGUCAACGCAGGACAAGCAACAUUGGGAAAGAGUCAAUGGUCAAGCGAUCAAAACUACAACAAACAAUCUGAUCAAUGGUCGCCCGCACCGUUAAAUUCGACUCGUAAUGACACAACAUCAAAUGACCGUUAUUCGUCGAAUACGACAUAUACGCAAAUUAUUGAACGAUCACCACCGACUAACAACUCGGGUAAAUCGUAUGAACCAUGGACACCGACUAGUUCAUUUACUAAAACAUCGAAUAAGACUACCAGUAGUACAAGUGCAUCCGAUAUUCAAAUGAUCAAAAGUGCGAAUAAAUCAUCCGGCGUAACAACCAAUUGGUGCUCUCCUCGCUGUAAAUUGGGUGUACUUGGAUUCGUUAUCGGACUUCUUGCAGUCGGAAUCGGAGUAGCUGUUGUGUUAGUCUUAUGGCUUAGACGAUAA